AUGGCGGCAGGCGUGUUCGUUUGUGGUGCAUGGUAUUAUACCAUCCUAGCUGGUUUUUAUAUCCUUUACUGUCCUGUUAUGUAUUUAAUGUUUAUAAAACACUUACUAUAUAGAAAAGUUGUCGAUGUGCUGUUUGCUUUAUGGGAAUUGUAUCCUGUGGCAUUAUUUCAAUGGCUCUGUAAGACGGAACUCCAUCAUUAUGGUGAUUAUGUGAAUCCCGAUGAAUCUACGAUAAUUGUAAUGAACCAUCGUACGAGAGUGGAUUGGAAUUAUGUUUGGAUAGCUUUGUAUCAUGCAACUCAAAAGCCUAUUAGGAAUAUAGAGUGUAUAUGUAAAGAAAAAAGCCAAAUCAACUUAAUGGAAACUAAAGAAGACGUAUUUGAUGUUAUGGCUAGAGGAAUCUCUAAGAUUAAAUUCGUUUUAAAAGAUGAAAUUAAAGCUAUACCUGGAAUGGGCUGGAUAAUGCAAUUGAAUUAUUUCCUUUACGUAAAGAGAAACUGGCAGGAAGAUCAAGUUAACAUGUCCCAGUUUGUGGACUAUUACAAAAGGCUUCGAUAUCACCAGCGCAUAGUGUUAUUUCCUGAAGGCACUGAUCUGAGCGAAGAUAAUAAGCGUCGCAGUGAAAAAUUCGCUCUUUCGAAACAAUUGCCGAACUAUGAGUUCGUUUUGCAUCCCCGUACGACUGGUUGGGCAGUACUUUGCACUCGUUUAAGGAAUAGUGGAUUAGCCUCCGUUUACGACGUCACUAUUGCGUAUGACACUCCCGCUCAGACGGAAAUGGACUUAUUACACGGAAAAAUGCCGAAACAUGUGCAUUUUUAUUUUAAACGCUAUGCCAUUGAAGAUUUGCCAUUUGAAGAGGAAGAGUUGAGAAUUUGGCUUCAAGAUCGUUGGAAGGAAAAAAACAUUAGUCUUGAGAGAUUUCACAGAGAAGGUCAUUUCAUAGACUUCUCUUCGAAGAAUGCCCCCCAAAAAAGAAAAUCUCGGUCCCUCGCGGUUGCCAAAUUAGCAUUUAUUUUUUGGACUUUUAUAGACGUUAUGUUCAUUUAUUGCUUGUAUUUUAGCGUGUUGUUUAAAUUUUGGGUCAUCUAUCACACUCUGUUGUUUGUAUUCGUCACAAAAUAUUUUGGCGGAUUUCAAAAUAUACAAUACAGGAUACUUAACAAAGUAAAUAUG